CUCAUCAGUUCUCACGCACCGCCAGACAUGUUCGCAAAUCGCAGCGCCCAUAGCCAUUAACCAGAGCCGCAAUAGUAGUUCAAAACCUACGCACUAAACCAAUAACACGUUCCACAGUCCAUACCGUCCAAUCCUAUAAGCAUUUCAUUUCCCACAUUUUUAUUCACUCUCCAGUUCACACACACACAUAUAUAUGGUCCUCCCCUGGCAAAAAGCCUGCAGCCUUCAAUCAGUUUGAUCAACCCAUCAAGUUUUCUCAAGAACCACGCUCCUCCUCUUUAUCAAAGCAGUAGUGCUGUAAAACUUAGAACAGUGUAUAGCCCCAGAUUACACCAUGGCUGCCGCUUCUUCAACCUCCGCUGCUUUCAGGGCCGCUUCUUCCUCCGUAAAGCUGCUAACCAGCUCCUCCCCCACCGCCCAAAAUAUUCUUAGCUUUAAGCCCUUCUCUAACCCCUUGAUCUCUAACAACUUUCGCCUCACCGCCAACUCUGCAGCCACCUGCAGAUCUUUCACGUGCAAGAGCCAGAGCACCCCAUCAGACUCAACACCAACUAAAGUUCAAGAACUGAAUGUCUACGAGAUCAACGAACGUGACCGCGGAAGCCCUGCCUUUCUGAAAUUGAGCCAAAAAGACGUUAAUUCUCUAGGCGAUCUCAUCCCUUUCACCAACAAAAUAUACAGCGGGUGCCUGCAGAAACGGUUAGGGAUCACAGCAGGAAUUUGCAUUCUGAUCAAGCACGAACCCGAGAAAAAGGGUGACCGGUACGAAGCAAUUUUCAGCUUUUAUUUCGGUGGCUAUGGUCACAUAGCCGUUCAGGGGCCUUACCUGACCUACGAGGACACCUACCUAGCCGUGACCGGUGGAUCAGGGAUUUUUGAAGGGGCGUACGGUCAAGUCAAACUGCAGCAGCUUGUGUUCCCUUUCAAGCUGUUCUACACUUUCUACUUGAAGGGUAUACCGGAUCUACCUAGUGAGCUACUGGGACCUCCGGUUACUCCGUCGCCCGCGGUGGAGCCAUCAGCUGCUGCAAAGGCUUGUGAGGCCGGGGCCACCGUUUCCAAUUUCACAAACUAAUUGAUGACGACGAUGGACCCAUGCUGUGAUGAUUAAUUAUUGCUGAGUCUUCUUUUUGUUCCUUUGGUCCUCCUUUUUCGACAUGUAACGUAGUAAACUAUAGAGCCCCGCCACGCCAUUAAACAAAAGGCUAUUAUGAUUUGUUGUACUGGUCUUCUCGUGGUGGUCUAUGCAAAUAAAAGUGCCUUUCGGAAAUUGGUGCAAUUGUGAUUCG